AUGUCCCUUCUGCGCGAAGCUGAAAGAUGUGUCGCUAAUCAAAAAGCCCAUGCCACCCUUAAUGCUUUUAUAACUCCUUUACGACGCUCCGCGCAAUGGCUGGAGCGGGUGAAGGAUGCGGAUAUUCGAAACGAGCAAGGGACGUGCAAAUCGAAAGUUGACGGCCGAUUGAUCUCCCUUAAAGACAAUAUAUGCACUCGUGAUCUCCCGACGACGUGUGCUUCUGGAAUACUGGAUAAGUUCACCAGCCCAUUCAACGCCACGGUGGUCGAACAAUUAGAAAAUGCGGGGGCCAUUGUUGCCGGGAAAACCAAUCUGGAUGAAUUUGGGAUGGGGUCUCAUUCCAUCUAUUCGCGAUUUGGAUCAGUCAAAAAUCUGCGACAAUGUCAAGACGGAGGUCUCUCUGCUGGCGGAAGCUCCGGCGGGAGUGCGAUUGCCGUUGCUACAAAUCAAUGCUAUGUAGCACUGGGUACAGACACAGGCGGGUCUGUUCGGCUUCCUGCUGCAUACACGGGGACUGUCGGCUUUAAGCCAUCUUACGGGCUUAUUUCGCGAUGGGGUGUGGUUGCAUAUGCCAACUCACUGGACACUGUUGGUAUUCUGGGCAGAGAUAUUUCCAGCGUUCGUGAUGUCUUUACAAUCGUAAACAAGCAUGAUCCUCGCGAUCCAACUAAUAUCUCCUCGACGUCCCGUUCUCGGAUUCUCACACGGCUUAAUACCCACGAUUCCGUAUCUCGACUGACGUCAUCACCCCUCAGAAUUGGUGUCCCCGUUGAAUAUAACAUUUCAGAACUAGCCCCGUCUGUUCGAUAUGCAUGGGCUCUCUCACUGGCCCAUCUGAAACAGCAGGGUCAUAGUAUUCGCCCAGUCUCUUUACCAGCGACGAAGUUAGCUCUCUCAGCAUAUUACGUACUUGCACCUGCAGAAGCAUCUUCUAACUUGGCAAAAUACGAUGGUGUUCGAUACGGAACUCGCGCAGAGGGUCCUGACAGUGAUGACCGAUUGGGAAGAUACCUGUACGGCAACACUCGAGAAAUGCUUGGGUCUGAAGUAAAAAGGCGAAUUCUACUCGGCACAUUCAGCUUGAGCGCUGGUGCUAUAGACAAUUACUUCAUUCAAGCACAGCGCGUCCGCCGUCUAAUCCAGCAAGACUUCAAUGCUGUUUUCACAGCAGAACAUCCGAUAGCCAGUCUUUCCGGGUUUGAUGCCCAGCAUAAAACAGAGGAGGCUAAUGUUGAUGUCAUCGUUUGCCCCACUGCUCCUUCCUCUCCGCCAUCGUUAUCUGAUCUGCUGGAUGCCCACGCUGUGGAUUCCCCUUUGGAUGCCUACAUGAACGAUGUAUUCACUGUUCCCGCCAGCCUUGCUGGCCUCCCUGCUGUGUCAGUUCCAGUCAAAGCGGCUUGUGACGCUCAAGAUGCAAAAGAAGCGAAUUUGGCCGGUAUCCAAAUAAUUGGCCAAUAUGGCGAUGACGAGCUCGUGCUUAAAUUAGGAGAACUGCUAGAAGGCAAAGAGCUAGCGGGUUCAUCUGUCUGA